GCCAACCACGCUCGCACACCGCAGGUAUCCACCCACUCGUCUUUGUGUUGCGUGCCCCGCCAAACCCCCGCAACUCUUUCCCCGAUCCGGCGGCGACCACGACCUCCUCGCCGGCCCCAGCGCCACCGCCGCGCCAUGGACCCGGAGGCGGUGCGGAGGACCCUCGAGCCCACCGCUUCCGCCGCGGACAUCUCGGGCUCCACCCCUUACGACUCCUUCGUCAUCAGCGGCGUCCGCCUCGAGGCCGCCGAGCACGGCCGCGUCCUCUGCUCCUUCGUCGUCACCCCCCGUAUCGCCAGUCCCCAAGGGUACCUUCUCAGCGGCGUCACGGCAACGCUCGCCGACCAGUUGGGCUCGGCCGUGUUCUUCUCCAGCGGGGUGGGCACGAGCGGGGUCUCCCUCGAGAUCAGCGUGUCCUACGUCGACACCGCCGCCGUCGGGGUUGGUUGGCUACAAUUUUUGUCACCCAAAAGGGCAGUGUUGGCCAAUUUAUUGCUACAUUAGUGAAGAAAUAGAGGUUGAGGCGAAGCUAUUGCGUGCUGGAAAAUCAGUGGGUGUUGUCUCUGUUGAUUUCAGGAAGAAAAGGAGCGGCAAAUUGAUGGCUCAGGCGCGUCAUACAAAGUACCUUGCUGUAUCUAGCAGAUUGUGAGGAUUCCCUUCAGUUGUAAGAUAAAAACAUGGUUCUGUCGAGCUCUUCGCUGCCCUUUAUCAAUAGACAACAUCAGCACAACGUAGUGCUACAUUGUUUAAGAAAGGCUGGCUAUAUCUAUCUGAAAUUCUGCAACACA